ACGAUUAGUGUGAUGUUAGUAUCCGCUGGCGCAUCAUUUGAUCUAGUCGUGAACUCGAGGCGUUUCUCGUGCCGCUCGGGAGUUAGCCAUCUACAUCAGUAUAAAUUUUACUAGUCUUGCAUCACGAGUCGUUAUGCAAAUAUCCGCAGCUCUGCUAUUCUUUGCCGUUUACUUUCACUCACCGGCAGAAACCAAGCAAAAAUGUUCUCACACCAUAGUAUUCCAAAAAAUCCUUGGUUUACGUCCUAUGCAGACACGCAACUCGACCGACGAAGCAGCCUUAUUUCCGUUAUACGCCGCCAGCAGGUCUACCGAUGAAGUGGUCAAUGCAAAAUGUGCGCGACUUUGCCGCGAAGAUCCAGUAUGCUACGGGUAUCUGUUGGUGUUCAGUCAGAACACAUGUUACGGCUAUACGAGCAACCAGUCUGCUGUGGGACAAACCCGCUACGACCACAUUGACGAAAAUAACCAUCAAUUAGUGCCCGACGUCAAUGCUGCCUUUUUUGUAAAGAGUUGCCUAGACGUAUCACCCAAAUGUGCCACUAGCAAGCUAUUUCCUAUCAUGACGAUUCCCGGUGCCAGCUUAGUGGGACAAAACUUUAUACAGCUUCCAAAGCUGGCAUCCCGAACCGAAUGUAUAAAUGCAUGUCUCCAGGAGCAACGCUUUGCAUGUCGUUCAGCAAGAUUCGUACACUCCUACAGAAACAACCAGCAUCGGUUAUGGACUAAGAUAGAUAAGGUUCAGCUUGGGCAGUGUUUCCUCAGUCAGGCGAAUAAGUUCACCAAUCCGGAAUCGUUCACGUACGGUUGGGAAGACGAAGACUAUAUGGAGAACCAGUGUCAUGAUAUACAGCGAAGUCAUGCGAAUUGCUCUUUCGAACAGAAUCAGAAUAAUGCAUUCAUUUACGCCGAUGAUUCAAUGAUCGUUUCGGGUGAAAGGAGUUGUAGCGAGCGUUGUUUAAAUGAAGACCGUUUCGCUUGUUUAGGAUAUACGUAUUACAACACGUCCAGAAGUGGAAGAUCAUCGACUUGUUUUCUGCACUCGGAUGAUUUAAUUUCACUGGGUCCGAAAGCGGUGCGUGUGGUAUAUGGUUCUAUGUAUGCUAGGAGAGUGCAAUGUUUACUUAUCGACGCUCAAUGCCAGGGCGAUCGGUUAGAGGUUGGUUUUAACCCGAUAUCUGGAUUUCAUGGCAGGAUGUCUUUGAAUACCCCAAACGAGAAUUGUAGUCAAAUAACAACAAACCUCGGAAGAGAAGUGCUGACAAUAGCUACUGGAAAUGAACUAAUUGAAUCACGUUGUGGAAUCAGGAGGGCUUUUAUCAAGGGAGACAUGAAUAAUUUCCUAAUAUUCGCCUAUGUCUACCUGCAGCAAGAUCCAGUUGUUAGAACUCAAUCUGAUCGACUUCUUAAAAUGGGUUGUAUCCACCGUUCAUCCAACACAACUAUUUUAAUGAACAACAUGCCAAUGAAGUCAACGGUGGACUUCAUUCCUCACAGUCAAUCGUUCAGCUUUGGUUCAAUCGAGAUCAAUAAUGGUACUGCCAAAAUCGCGAAACACGUGACAAUCAAAUUAGUUGACGUCGAAACGCAAACGGAAGUUUUUGAAGCAAUUCUCGGGCAACUGAUUGAAAUGAGAAUAGUGUCAAAGAAUUUUGAUUUCGAUUUGAUGCCCUACGAUAUUCAUGCGUUAUCGAAUAGUGAAACUCUACAACUUUUAAAUGAGAAAGGCUGCCCUCUGAACAGAAAACUAUUCACUGGCUUUCGGAAACAGAAAACACGCUUCGGAGUUACUCUACGUACGCGCUUUCACGCAUUCAUGUUUCCUAGCUCAACGGCGUUGAAUUUCAGGCUUAAAGUCAAAUUUUGUUACGAAUCGUGUCCAAAAGUAGUGUGCAUUUAUCAAUAA